GCAGAAUCGCGUCUUCAUCCCAUCGCCCCAUGCCGCCAGCGCUCUCUCGCAGCUACCUCGCAUAAACACCCUCACCUCACCGAUGCUAUAUCCGCGAUCCGCCUGCCUGGUGUGUAUGCGCUCGCGGUAGCCCGCUGUCGGACAGAUUGCAUCAGCGUCCGGGCGCGUUGAAUCCACACCACUACUAUUCACCAUUUGUUCACCCUCUGUCCACCCUCCACAUUCUUUGACAUGGCGCCAAUUCCUGGGACUCCAAAGAAACGACCACGCACCUCGGGACGGCCGCCGAAACGCGCUGUCUCUGAUUCAGCUCCUCCCCUCAAAAAGCGCAGAUAUAUUCCCGGCGGACCUGGCGGUGGCGGGCGAUACGUAGACGAGGACGGAAUAGAAACCCCAGUUGGAGGCACCGGGCCUGGUGGAUACGCAUAUAUUGGGCCUCGCGGACGCAUCGGACGGUUGAAUGCCGAGAAACAGGGCAUCGCAGUCCCUGCGUCCUCGCCUUCAGGACCGUACACCCGCCCACGACGUGAAAGGCCGUCUGCUGGGCCCAGGUCGAGCUCGGCCGCUGCUGUUGCUGCUGCGGUGGCCCAGAACGAUGGAUACAAGCCCCGCGAGGAGCGGGGUUGGGAGGAAUUUCAUCAGGAUCUAGAUCUCGACGCAGACUUUCCAGUGCUAAGCGCAGACCAGGUGGACGGCAUAAGCCCAGCGGAUUCGACUCCCGCGACGCCAAACAACGGCGUGACCUCGGGACAGUAUACCGUCGACGGUGGGGCGUCCGCAAUCCUGGAUGAAGCUCUCCGCGCGCAACAAGCCACUCAGGCUGGUGAUGGCGUGGAUAGCGAUACAGUCGCGAUUGGAAGGACCAAUGGAGCUUAUACGACACCCGGAAAGCGACGCCCCGGCCGCCCUGCUCGGAACAAGCUUGAUUCCAUGCUCUCCGGUCUUGGAUCCCCACCAGCACCACGCAUCCAACCUCUACCGACUAUGAACCCGAAAGAGAAACUAAACCUACCGAAACCGCACUGCAUCGAGGUCGAUCCGUUCGCAAAGUUUGAGCAGAGCGAGGGCGUUCAGAUAAACUAUGUCGACCGGACCAUGGCAAGUCUUGGGUAUCAGGAAAGCGAGAUAUUCAUAAAGCCAGAAAAGAAUCUAAUUCGGCUGGCAGAGGGCUCUAUCGAAGAAGACCUCGAUCUGACGUUGAGAACGGCCAGCGAUGGCGGGUCCAGCGCAGUUACGGUUGGACGCGUUGAAUAUGAUAUGGAUGAGCAGGAUGAUCGGUGGCUAGAACAACUCAACGCGCAGAGAAAGGAAGAAGGUGUCGAGGCAAUUAAACCUGCAAUAUUCGAGGUCACCAUUACUCAGAUCGAGAAAGAGUGGCAUGCCCUGGAGAAACGCAUCCCCAAGCCAAAUCCAAAACCACCGCAGACCCAUCGGCCGCGAUCAAGUUCAGCAGCAGCGGUCAAUGGUGAAGCUGCAGGCCAAGGUGAGGAACAGGAUACCAAGUGUGCCAUAUGCGACGAUGGCGAUUGCGAAAACACAAAUGCCAUUGUGUUCUGCGAUGGGUGCGAUCUUGCAGUGCAUCAAGAAUGUUACGGGGUGCCGUUCAUACCAGAAGGGCAAUGGCUCUGUCGCCGUUGUCAGCUAGUGGGGCGCGGGACCCCUGUUAGUGAGCAUCCGGGCUGCAUAUUCUGUCCAAAUAUAGACGGGGCAUUCAAACAGACCACGACGAUGAAAUGGGCCCACCUGCUCUGCGCAUUAUGGAUACCAGAAGUCUCUCUUGGCAAUACCACCUUCCAGGAGCCCGUGCAGGACGUGGAAAAGGUUCCAAAGACACGCUGGAAAUUGUCCUGCUACAUUUGCAAACAGAAGAUGGGUGCAUGUAUUCAAUGCGGGCAUAAGUCAUGUUUUGAGGCCUUCCACGUUACCUGUGCUCGUAGGGCUCAGUUGUGCUUGCGCAUGAAGUCAUCGCAUUCGCAAGGAUCACUGGAUGCGAGCGUGCUCAAAGCCUUUUGUGACAAGCAUUCCCCUUCGGAUUGGAAGAGAGAGAACGAUGUGGAGGGUGCGACACGAGUUGCAAAGCAAUUCUACCGAUCCACCAUGCGUCACGUUCGCUGGGGCGAUAGUCAAGCGUAUGCUCUGUCGAUAGGUUCCACACAGCCAGUACCCUCUGUCGAAGGAGUUGAUGAUACCACCAUGGAUCCUGAAGUCGCUGGAAGCAAUAAACGUAAGCGAGGGCCGCCUGUUAAAUCGUGGCGGCUACCGUCAGGAGCACCAGUAGUUCCUCAAGCCGUCUACCAUAAUGUGGAGAAUGCGCUUAUUAAGUUUGCUGUCCGAAAACGAAAAGAGUUCGUUCAGGAAGCAUGCAAAUACUGGACGCUAAAACGAGAAGCCCGGCGAGGUGCCGCGCUGCUGAAGCGCCUUCAACUCCAAAUGGAGGCCUUCUCCUCUAUGGAAAUCACUCGGCGCAACUUUGCAGGCAUGGGUGCUGCAGGUAGACCGAGGCUUCAGCGCCGCAUAGAAUUCGCAGAGCGUCUCGAGGAUGACAUGGAACAGAUCCGGAUGCUUUGCAAGCACGUCAGAGAACGGGAGGCCGCCAAAUUGAGGGACGUCAAACUUCUCAAAACGAUCAUCGACACUGUAUACUUUCCUAUUCCGCCACUUCUUUGGCCUAUUCUUGAGAAGGCGUUAAAUAACGAUAGCAAAAACAUUUUUACUGAUGGGUUUAAUACUAUCCAAACGAAACUUGAUGAGAAGUUCUAUACAUCCGUCUCAGCAUUCAACGACGACAUGGCGGCAGUUUUCAGCUCCGUUCUUGGCUUCGCGAAGAUCUCGAAUCUAGACAAUGCAGAGAAUGAGUUAAGUGGGGUGGCCCAUAGCUCGUUAACGUCAGAACAAAAGGAGCUAAAGAAGCACACCAAGCGCAUCAUGAGGGCUAUAGCAGGUCCGCUCGAAAUCGCUCAACGAAAAGAGUCUGACUUAGCCGGGAGGCCCUACGAAAAGGACUUGCCCGACCUCGAAGCCUUGCUCAACCAGAGGUUGCGACACCAGCCGAGCACUUCCAACGGUGAUGAUGGAGCUGUUCGGGCUACUACGGAGAGUGAUCCUGUUGGCAAAGCUGAAGAUGGCAUGCAGGACCAACAAAGCACAAUCAAUGUGAUUAGAGACGAGGAGCUCGAGGGUAAGGCAAAGGAAAACGAUAUUCAUCUCGCUCCUACGCCUGACGAGAGUUCGGGGAAUCAGCAUCUUAAUCGGCACGACGAAGACGCUGAUGAAGAAGCCAUUGCUGCGCAGAUUAGUCAAGAUCUGUUGCCUAGCACUGACCAAGCCCAUGCUGAUGCGAUGGAAGUCGAUCAGGUUGGACACGGUCGUGGUGCAGCGCCUCUCACUCCCCCAACAUCCGUGAAGGACCUGCUUGCGCCCCUUGCGAAUGGUGGCAUACCUUGGUACAUGGAGGUAUUUGAUCCAGAGGGCACAACAAUCCACGACGAGAGGUGGACAGGGAGAGAAGUGCUUCGAGAUUUGAGUGAGGAGUUGUCAGAGUUGGACGACGACGAGCUCAACGGCCUUGCGGAUGCGGAAGAUUUCCAGCCGACGGAUGGAACAGUACCGGAAACAAUUGUUUCAGAAUCACUUCAGAAGGCUGCGCGGAAACAGAAGAAACGUUGGAGGGGUUAUAGAUGAAGGUUUAAUCUUUUUUCGGCCUCUGGGCAUGCGGCUUUCCGCCAUGCCCGUUCUUGUACUAUGUCGGCAUUUGUAAAGUAUUCUGGCUCUGAAUCAUUGGGAGGCGCUGGUGUUUAUUGCUUUUUACCUGAAGUGCAGGUGAAAGUACAGGUGCAGCUGGGUGUGGUAUUGGGUUUAAUGCGUG